AUGUCGACCCCUCAUAUAACACCCAAUAUCCCCGUUAAGGACUACCGAGAAAACCCGAGACCCCCCCAUGACCCCGAAGACGCGGGACGCCGCGAGAGACCCGCAAAACCCCCCGGCGAGAACCCGAGAGACACCGCGAAACCCCGAGGAGACCCGGGGAAGACGCAGGACCGGAGACCCCCGGCGAAGCCCGCGAGCGACCCGGCGAGACCCGCGAAGGGACCCCGCGAGAGACCCCGCAGAGACCCCCGCGAAGGACCCCGCGAGAGACCCCCGCGAGAGACCCCGCGAGAGACCCCGCGAGAGACCCCGGGGGAGACCCCGCGAGAGACCCCGCGAGAGACCCCGCGAGACCCGCGAGAGCCCCCCGGCGAGAGACCCCGCGAGAGACCCGGCGAGAGACCCCGCGAAAACCCCCCGCGAGAGACCCCGCGAGAGACCCCCGCGAGAGACCCCCGGCGAGAGCCCCGGGGGGAGACCCCGCGAGAGACCCCGCGAGGAGACCCCCGCGAGAGACCCGCGAGGACCCCCGCGAGAACCCGCGAGAGACCCCGCGAGAGACCCCGCGAGAGGACCCCGCGGAACCCCCGCGAGAGCCCCCGCGAGGAGACCCGCGAGAAGACCCCGCGAAGACCCGCGAGAGACCCCGCGAGAGACCCCGAGAGAACCCCCGGGGGAGGAGGGACCCCGCGAGAGACCCCCGCGAGAGACCCCACGCGAGAGACCCCCGAGAAAACCGGCCGCGAGAGACCCGCGAGAGACCCCCGGAGAGACCCCGCGAGAGACACCCGGAGAGACCCCCGCGAGAGGAACCCCGGCGAGAGACCCCGGCGAGGAACGCGAAGACCCGUGAAGAACCCCGCGAGGACCCCGCGAGAGAGACCCCGCGAGAAACCCCGAAGACCCCCGCGAGAGACCCCAAUCGCGAUAAACCCCCGAAGAGACCCGGAGAGACCGCGCGAAGACCCCCGCGGAGAGACCCCGGAGGGGGACCCCGCAAAGACCCCGCGAGAGACCCGCGAGACCCCCGCGAGAGACCCCGAGCGGGAAAACCGCCGGCAGAGCCCCCGCGAGGAACACCCGCGAGAGACCGCCGCGAGAGACCGGCGAGAGCCCCCCCGGAGAAGACCCCCGCGAGAGACCCCGCGAGAGGGAGAGACCCCCGCGGAGAACCCUCGAGAGACCGGCAAGACCCCGCGAGAGACCCCCGCGAGAGACCCCGAGAGAACCCGCGAGAGACCCGCUAUACCCCCCCGCAGAGACCCCCGGAGGAAGACCCCGCGAGAGACCGCCGCGAGAGACCCCGCGAGAGACCCCCGCCGAGGAGACCCGCGAGAGACCCGCGAGAGACCGCGAGAGACCGCCGCGAGAGACCCCCGGCGAGAGACCCCCGCGGAGACCGCAGAGACCGCCGCAGAGACCCCGCUAAGACCCCCGCGAGAGCCCCCGCGGGGAGAGACCCCCGAAGACCCCGCGAGAGACCCCCCGGAGAGCCCCCCGAGAGAACCCGAUAAAAGGAGAGAAGAACCCCCCGAGAGACCCCGAGAGGAAAACCCCGCGAUAUACCCCCUCGAGAACAGGGGGAAGACCCCCGAGAACCCCCCGCGAGAGACCCGGAGAGACCCGGUAGAACCCCUUUCGAAAACCCCGCAAACCCCCAGAGACCCCCGCGAAACCCCGAAACCCCGCGAGAAAACCCCGCAAAAACCCCGAAGACCCCUCUAG